GGAAACGAUUAUACCUGGAACACCUCCUAAAUAUAAGGAACUAUAUACUGAAUGUAGGAAGCAUGAUAAAAAUUCACGACCAAAUAUUUCUCAAGUAGAAGAAAUUCUUUCUGGAAUAAUUAUCUCUGAUGAAAUUGUUCCUCUUCCCCAAUCGCAACCUCAUAGUAUCUCCUAUGAAAUUGUUGCGCCUCCUCAAUCACAACCUCAAAAUAUCUCAGAUGAAAUGAUUUCUGUUAAAUUGGAAAAUAUAAAUGUACAAAAUGAAGAAUUAGAAGUUGAACCGGACCGCCCUUUCACUGCUGACGACUCGGUUGAAAUUA